AUGGAGUUUACUAAUGUCGAUGGACUUUUUGACAACGAAGUAAAAGCUCAUGAAAACAAUGUCUACGAUUUUGUACAAUUCUUUUUAAAGGUUCUCGCGCUUGAAAAAUCAUUGGCUAUGGCCAAGUUACCCGAAAGUCAAGAUCAAGAUCCGGCCGUCUGGUACAACAAAAUGAGUCUCGAGGAGUUUACCAAUAUGACGGGAAAUGUCCUCAACUACACCGACUACCUGAACGAGCUGGCAGUGUUGUACAAACUUCCGUACCGUUUCAACGACACCGAUCUGGUGAUAGUCCGAGACAUCGGCUACUACAAGCAGCUAUCCAAAAUUCUCACCGAAACGCCCCCUUUAACGCUGCACAACUACCUCGGCUACCAGCUCGCCCGUUACUGGUCACUCUUUACCGACAACUCCUUUUGGGAUUACUACCUGGAGCAAACCGUCCCAGAGGAGCCCUUCUGGAAGAACUGCCUGGAAAGGGUAGACCGCUGGGUGGCCUCCCACCUCUACGUCCGCCAGAAAGUGUUGCCAGUCACCAAGGAGAAGGCGGAGGAGAUAGUGGAAGAGCUGCAAGAGGUUUUCGUGGAGGAGGUGCUCAAGAAGGACGUCAACUGGCUGGACGAGCAGACGAGGAGGAAGGCUUUGGAAAAGGCCGCCCAGACGUACUUCCAUGUCGCCUACCCGGACUGGCUGCUGAACGGCAACGAGCUGGACCGCAUUGCAUUCCACUACCCGCCGGUGGAGUUGCCCCGAGUAGUGGAAGGUCACUACUUUGAGAGCAGCCUAGAGGUGACGCGAAUGGGCAACGCCGCUGCCGCCGCCUUCAGAAAGCUUCACCAGCCGAUAAACGUGGCGCAGGACUUUCCUGCAGAGCCGUUCGAUGUCAAUGGCUACGCCUAUCACAAGAAGAACGUCGUCGUUAUUCUUGCUGGCCUCCUUCAGCCGCCCAAAUUUGACCCAACCGUUCCCGCCUACGUCACCCUGGGCGGCCUGGGCUCCUUCACCGGCCACGAGAUUACCCACCACUUCGACGAAGUCGGCGCCCUGUACGACUUGAAUGGAAACCUGGCCAACUGGUUUUCACCGACGACAAAGGAAAGGUUUGAAAGCAAAUUGCAGUGCUUUGUGGAGCAGUACGAGGCCAUUGUCGACCAGCAAACGGGCGUCAGACUGAAUGGGAGCCUGACGUUGGGAGAGAACAUCGCCGACAAUGGCGGUCUGAGAAUGGCGUUUCGGGCGUUGGAGAAAAGGCUGAAAAGAGACAUUGAUAGAAAAGAACGCCUGAAGCUGCCGCAAAUGGAAAAGUUCACUCCGCAACAGAUCUUCUUUAUCUCCUAUGCGCACCUGUGGUUUGAGCACUAUUUGACUGAAGCAAAAAAAGACGCCAUUUACCACAAAGUCCACCUGCCGGGCGAGUACCGCAUCAAUGUGCCGCUGAGCAAUUUUGAGCCUUUUUCCGCUGCGUUUCAGUGUCCUCUCGGUUCAAAAAUGAACCCAAAGAAAAAGUGCCGUUUGUGGUGA